GCUCGGGCGGCUGCAGGGCCUGGUCAGUGAGGUUAAGACGUGCGCACGAGGGUCUGCGAUCUUGGGUUUGAGGCCAUCGCCCGAGGGAUCCUACCUCCACCGAAUUGAGGCCAUCUUCGGUAUUACGGAUUGAGGCUAUCUCCGUCAUAGGCAAUAAAUGUUAAGUGGUUUGACUUUGGUGAAAGUCUAAAUUGGUUUGACCGGUGGUCAAAGAGUUCAUGAGAAACACGAUGGGACUAUGGGAGUAUUCCAGCCUGCCAACGGACCUAGCUAAACGGUACUGCCGGCUCCAAAACCAAGCCGGCUGUGUCGUCGGGUGCUUCACCAUGCUCCAGCUCCUCUCAGCUCUCACACUCUUCAUCUCCGUCGUCGCAGCCGGAGAACCGUCAACGUCUGCGGCGGAGCAGCACUUGGACCCCUUACCCUUGUCCCACUUCCGGCAGUACCUCCGAAUCAACACCGCCCACCCCAACCCAGACUACGCCUCCGCCGUCAAUUUCCUCACCGGCUUGGCCGACUCCAUCCCCGGUCUCCGAUCACAGGUUCUGUAUUUCACUUCCCCGCCAAACAAGCCCCUACUUCUCCUCACCUGGCUCGGCUCCAACCCUACCCUUCCCUCCGUCCUCCUCAAUUCCCAUCUCGAUUCCGUCCCCGCCGAGCCCGAAAAGUGGUCCCACCCGCCGUUCUCCGCCCACCGCUCCGCCGACGGCAAAAUCUUCGCCCGCGGAGCGCAAGACGACAAGUGCAUCGGAAUCCAGUACUUGGAAGCGAUUAGGGCGAUCAAAAUCAACUCCCCCGAAUUCACCCCUCUCCGAAACAUCCACAUCUCCUUCGUCCCCGAUGAGGAAAUCGGGGGAUUCGAGGGCAUGGCCAAGUUCACAGGUUCCCAAGAGUUCAAGGAAUUGAAUGUGGGAUUCGUGCUGGAUGAAGGCCAGGCCUCUCCCACUGAUGAGUUUAGGGUUUUCUACGCGGACCGGGUACCCUGGCAUAUGGUCAUCAAGGCUGCCGGGGUUCCCGGACACGGGUCCAAAAUGUACGAAAAUAGUGCCAUGGAGAAUCUGAUGAAGUCAGUGGAGGUCAUCUCUAAGUUCCGGGAAGCACAGUUCGACAAGGUGAAGGCAGGCUUGGCUGCCAAUUCGGAGGUCAUUUCGGCUAACCCUGUUUACUUGAAGGCUGGGACUCCAUCCCCAACUGGAUUCGUGAUGAAUAUGCAACCUUCAGAAGCAGAGGCUGGGUUCGAUAUCCGGAUGCCACCUACAGCUGAUCCAGAAUUAAUGAGGAAGAGAAUUGCUGAGGAAUGGGCUCCUUCUUGGAGAAACAUGACAUUUGAGAUUGUUGAGAAAGGGACACUAAGAGACUUCAUGGGGCGCCCUCUGAUGACUCCGGCUUCUGAUUCCAACCCAUGGUGGUCUGUUUUAAAGGAAGCCAUCUCAAAGGCCGGAGGCAGAUUGGCAAAGCCAGAAAUUCUAUCUUCUACUACGGAUGCUCGUUUCAUGAGGGAAAAAGGGAUUCCAACCUUUGGAUUCUCCCCCAUGAAGAACACGCCCAUUUUACUUCACGAUCAUAACGAGUUUCUCAAGGACACUGUUUUCUUGGAGGGGAUCAAGGUGUAUGAAUCUAUAAUCAAAGCAUUGAGCUCUUUUGAGGACAAAUCUUUGUUGAAUUGAGUGAAGUUGGGCUUGUUAAACCUGAUAAAGAUUGUUGCAAUAAGUUCUCAACAUGGAAUACUUGAUCUUAACCAAGCAGGUAUUAAGGUUAUCUUUAUGUGGAAAUGCUAAUUAUCUCCUGUAAAGUUAUUCACAGUAUCUCCCUUCUCUCCCACAAGUGCUAUUUACGAAUUGUUUGGUAAAUGAAUGACUUACUCUCAAAGGUCAAACUAAGAGGGUGUUUGG